AUGCACGGGCCCUCUCGCCAGGUGGCCAUGCGGUCUGUCAAGGACACGGAGGUCUUGGACUACGUUGUAUCCUCAUCGGAUACGUUCAACCACAGCAGCUAUCAGCCGCCGAUGACGCCGAAGAUGGAGGAUUUGUCGCCUAGAUCGAUUUCAAACGACGCGGCGGAUGUUGUCGCUCUUCGACCAGGGACUGCGACCGGGAGGCGUCCAGCGACGUCUGGUUCUCAGCGGCCAGUAUCGAGGGGGUCAACAAUUUCCGUCUCAUCUAUUACAGCCGUCCUGGAGAGCCCUGAGGUACAUCGACGUCUAAACCUUGACGAGAUCGACGCGAUCAAAGAGGACCUACGUGAGGCACUUAGUGAAGAACGCCAACUGCUACUUGAAGACAUCGAUUUUAUUCAGGGGUGCUUGGAAAUGGAGAAGGACUUGAUCGAUGACGAUCGCCGGAAAGUGGCAGCAGUGAAGCCUCCCCCGUCGCUGAGCGAUCUGCACGAUCUU